UAAAUGAAGCAACAGUGUUCACAUGAACAGACAGUGAAUAUUUGUCAUACAUGUGUAAAUAAACUUUUUAAAUUAAUUUGCAAAUGUACAAAGAAUAGAAAAAUGUACAAAUCCAGCGCAAAUGUUUCCACACAAAGCCUGGUGUCGAACAAUGACACAUGCACCUGUUUUUGUUUCAGAUUUUAAGCUGUAAAUAUGAUUCAUAAAAUGAAGGCUUCAACUUGCAGAUGGCUGGUGUUUCUGGCCAUAACAAUAGAUUUCUCCUGCUCAUCAAAGCUCUUUGAAACAUUUGACACACACCUGAGAGCCAAAGAAGGAUCAUGCAUUGAAAUUAGAUGUACAGGCGAUGCGACUCAAAUGAGAGCAAAUGAAGGAAAUGCAGUCUGGUAUUGGAUAAAAAAUGCGGAGUAUCAUGAGACAAACAAGAAUUUUACUGGCACUGUCAUUUACAGCACCACACCAAAAUAUCCUGUCAGUCAGGAGUUUGAAGGCAGAGUGGAAUACCUUGGCUCUCAAAGUUUUGGCAGACAAUCACAAAAUAAGUGUGGUAUUAGGAUCAACAACCUGCAGAAAACAGACAGUGGAAACUAUUCUUUCAGAUAUGAAGGAGCACAAAUCUGGAUGACUAAUCCUAGGGUGAACCUUACAGUUGAAGAAAACCCAUGCAAGAUCACAUUUGAAGAGCCACCUACAGUAAAGGAGUCCGGUCCUGUAACCCUCAAGUGUUCAACAUCAAGUUCUUGCCGUUUCCGUCCACAAAUUAAAGAGCUCCAACUAAGUUAUCAACAGGACUAUGACGAAAACCUUAAAGUCAGCAGAGUCAGCUUUAUGGCUAACGGGCAGGAUGAUGGGAGGACGUUCACAUGUCAAUUGCAAGAUAAGAGAGACAAUUGUUUGGCUCAGAGUGUCCGUCUAACUGUGGAGCAUUCGCCUAGAAACACAGAGGCGAGGAAAAGCCCUGAGGAUGUCAAGGAAGGAGACAUUGUAACUCUCACUUGCUCCACUAGAGGGCGUCCUGACCCCGCAUUUUCCUGGUUUAAAGAUGGAACUGAGGCCACUGUUAAAAUCAAUGUUACAGGAGCAGAGUGGAAAAUUAAUUCCAUUACAGCUUCAGAGAGCGGGACGUACUACUGUGUAGCUACAAACAAGUAUGGGACAGACAGAUCAGCUACGAUCCACAUUGAUGUGAAAUACGCUCCAAGGAACUCCAAGGUUUCCAGAUAUUAUGUUGUUGAUGAUUCUGUGAAAAUCAGGGAGCCCCUCAGUCUAACCUGCAACACUGAGGCCUUUCCUGAGCCACAGACUUACAGCUGGUACCACAACAGUCACCACAAGCUCUCACACUCUCAGAAGGACCUUCGUAUUGACCGUGUAGACAGAGAAGAUCAUGGAUGUUACAUUUGCAGCGCCACCAACAUCAUCGGUCCAGGGACCAAUAGUAGUGCUACAUGCAUCAAAGUACUCUUCCAACCCACCAAUCUCACACUGUGGAUGCCUUCUGAGGCCACUGAAGGUCAAAAUAUCACCAUCAGCUGCACCACUGAAAGCUUCCCAUUGGCACAGCUCACCUUGUCACACAUCAACUCAAACGGUCAGUUCUCCUCAACGACUUCUCCACCCGACUCCAACUUUGUCAGCACAAUCAAAGUCCCGUUUGAAGUAACUCCAGACGACGCAGGCCGGUACCUCUGCAAGGCCAAAAACUCUGAAGGUUCUGACAGCACAGAGAAGGAGCUGGUGGUGAAAUAUCGUCCCAAAAAUGUGUUGGUUUCGUCUGCGGAAGGUAAAGAUGGUCCAAAUGUGCGUGAAAAAGAGGACUUGGUGCUGAAGUGCAAAGCUGAGUCAAAUCCACCAGUGACGUCCUACACCUGGAGGACGACUGCAGCCAGGACAGAGGAGCUUGAGGGACAAAAAGAUAUUUUAACUCUCCGUUCUGUCACUCCCUCCCACAGUGGACUGUACAGCUGUACAGCCCAUAAUGACCUUGGAACGGGAAAGUCACAGGAAUUCGAGGUCAAAGUCAUGUACGCUCCAAAAGAUGUAAAGAUCGACAUAUCCCUGCUUAACUGGAAGAGUCCGGCGAAUCUGAGCUGCAGGUGUCACAGCUUUCCUGCCGUCAGCCAGUACCAGUGGUACAAGAUUACAGAGGAGGAAUCUGACGGGACAUGGGUCUCAUCUGGUCAAAAUUACACAGUUUCCCCAGACAAGCCUGGAAUGUACUACUGCACUGCUAAAAAUCAAAUGGGUCUCCAACGUUCUGAGUCACAAGAAGUGUUUCUUGACCGAGGAUUCCUGCGUUUUCUCCCAAUCAUCCUCUUCUUCCUCUUUGGUCUGGUUGCUGUUCUGCUCUUGGGUUUUCUGUGCAGACAAAGACGAAACAAGCCUUUUCAGCAGGGGGCGUCAAACACACGGCCUUGCUGGGGCAUCUUUGGUUUUCUGGUCUUGCGGAACGGCACCAGGGAGAAUCUGGUGAGUGAAAACGGCUUUGUCGGGCCUUGCAGGAGCAGAGAUGACCUUUUGCCCGACCGACGGUGUCGUCCGCAGCCCCAGCCCUGCCGGCCUCGUCCAGACAGCACGCCGGCCUCCAACAUCAGCACUGUUUACUGUACUGUGAAUUUGCCCAAGGGCAAGCAGGGUCCCUCGCAGCCAGCCAGAGGGCAGGACAGAUCCACAGAGGACGAUGCAGUCAACUAUGCUUCCUUACACUUUGGGGAACAGAAAAAGAAUAGACCGGCUCCAAAAGCAAAAGCGGGUGAAGAAGACGUAUAUGCUAAAGUGGUGAAGCCAAAGCCACGUCAAAAGGAUGCACAGGGAAAGCACGAUGUCUACGAGAACAUUGGCAAGGCGCGUGCUCAGAAGCAGCCCGUGGCGUCCAACUUUGACUCGGACAGCAGCGAAGAAGACGUAGAGAUCAACUACUCGGUGGUGAACUUCAAGGCAAAGUCCGGCAAUCAAGGAGGCCACCACAGUCGCACAAAAGGCUACAGCAGCUCAGACGAGGAAGACAAGACUCAGUACUCUGAGGUCCGGAUCUGAAAUCUGGAAGUGGGUUAGCCUACUGAGCCAUGCAAAGCCACAAGUCGAAGGUGUCACGUUCCAAGCCAUUAUUUUCCGUUAAUUUUUUUCGCUGUUAAGAUAUUACUUUUUUGUGGCAUCUCAGUUUUUGCUAGUGUGCAGUGUGAUAGCGAGCAGCGGAAAAGGAACAGAGAAGAUAUGAAAGACAGCAGGGAGGAAACAAACCACAAGAAUUCACAAUAUCUGGGUAUAAAUGUGGUGCAAGUGCCAGAGUCGUGUGUAAUAAAGAUAAAUAAAAAAAAAAGAAGAA